ACACAAACACAUACUCACAAACUGAGCCACACACACAAACUCACACACAUGCACUCACACUCUCACCCUCUCAACCUUCUAAUGGUAUUGCGGGAAGAGAGACGGCACGAAGAGAGAAAUCUCUAAAAGUGCUUCUGGCAGCCAGUGGCUCCGGGCAGCAGGCGUGGGGAGGCAUCACGUAGAAUCUCUCUCCCCAAACACACACACACACACACACAAACACACGCACACUCACACACAGCGCGGGCAGGUUUUAUUACAGCGUAGAUCAGAGGGGCAGCAGGCACUCUGAGAGCCGUGUUUCCAGACACCUGUCUACGGGGACGAGCAGAGAAGAACCGGGACAACUGAGAGACCAGAGCCUUUCUGAGUGGGCCGUACACCACUGGACGACAAGAUGAUGAAGAAGUCCAAAAUCGCUGACCAGACUGCCGCCGGGCAGGGGGUCGACCUUUCCGAUGACGCCCGGCCCUGUGAAAGAGGCAUUCGGAAGAAGUCCAAGGUGCCCGGGGUGAUGAUCACCCAGUUCCAGGAGGAGCUUCCUGAGGACGCCACCACCCCGGACUUCACCCGCAAGCCCAUCGCCCUGACCAUACAGGAGGGUAAACUUGCUGUGUUCAAAGCCAAAGUGAUGGGGAACCCGACCCCCAAGGUCAGCUGGGGCCGGGCCAACGGCGAGAUCGUCUUCCACCCGGAGACCUGUCAGCAGAAGUUCGACGAGGUGUCCGGCGAGCACACCCUCGAGUUUAACAAGGUGGACCCGGACGAUGCAGACACCUACAAGUGUUUUGCCACCAACGACCACGGACGGGCAGUGUGCACCGUGGUACUGAACGUCAUAGAGGUUGGAUUCCGUAAGCAAAAGGAACAAAAAGUUGAAGAGCCCUCAGAUCUCAGAAAACAACUGAAGAAACGAAAGCCCGAUGGGACUCGCGAGGAGAAGCCCAUGGAUAACGAGGAGAAGGUGUGGGAGAUCCUGCUCAGUGCCGAUAAGAAAGACUACGAGAGCAUCUGCAUCGAGUACGGCAUCACCAACUUCCGCGGCAUGCUGACGAGGCUGAGCGAGAUGAGGAAGGAGAAGGAGGCGGAGGUGGCUCAGUUUGUGUCGCACAUCAGCACUUUGAAACACAUUGACGUCAAGGACAAUGACUGUGCCACCAUCGAGAUCGACAUGGACCUCAAAGACCCCAGCAGCAAGGUCUUCCUCUACAAGGAUGGAAUCAUGGUUCCCUUCACCACGGAGCUGGGGGAAGAGCUGAAGCACAGUUUGAAACGGAUUGGAAAGAAGUACGUUUUCUCCAUAAAGAAACUGGGGUCAGAAGACGCUGGACUUUACUCGGUGGACGUCGGGGGUGUCAAUGUUUUCUCCACUGAAUUUAAAGUCCCUGACGUCAGCUUUGCGGUCAAAAUCCAAGAGGUGAAGGCCGUUGAGAGGGAGAACGCUCAGUUCCAGUGUGUUCUGACCGCUCCCAUGAACGAGAUCAAAUGGUUCGGGAAGUCCGCCCCGCUCGAAGACGGGGAGAAGUUCCAGAUCCUGGUGUCGGAGGACAAGCUAAUCCACAAGCUGAUUGUGAAGGACGUCAUGCCAUUGGACGGGGGCAUCUACGCAGCUGUGGCAGGGAUCAAGUCCUGCAACACGUUUCUGAUCGUGGAGGCCGAUAAAGAUCCCGCCGGCAAGGGGAAGAAGGGCGCCCGCAAGGACACGGUGGCGGGCGGCGGCAACGACGAGGAGCUGAUGAAGAUCGCCAAGGACCAACAGGCCAAGUACGAGAAGGAGAUGGCAGAGAAGCUGGUGGCCGCCAAGAAGAAACGUGUCAGAGACGCCCCCCUGAUCCCGGAGACAGUCCUGUCUGAGAGUCACGUGCGAAUUUACUCACCCACCGGUGGUUUAUUCCCAGAUCCAGGGGUUCACUUCCACGCUGGGCUUUCCGACGUUAAAGCUAUCGUCGGAGAACCAGCAGAAAUCGAGUGCAAAGUGAGCAGCGAAGAAUGUGAAGGAUUCUGGUACAAGGAUGGAGAAGAGAUUACGUCGAAUGAGGAUUUAACCAUCUCUAAAGACGGAAGUUUCCACAGACUGAAGAUCAGUAAGGUCACGGAGGAGACGAGCGGGACGUAUCGCUUUGAGGCCGACGGCCGCAAGACCGAAGCGGUCAUCAGUGUUGAAGAUCCGCCCAGAUUCAGCGCGGAGGACAUCGAGGCCUUCAAGGCCCCCGUCAUGGUGAAGAAGGGGCAGAAGGCCACCUUCAAGGUGCCCCACUUGGGCCGCGAGCCUGUGAAGAUCCAGUGGUACUUGGACGGGGAGGAGCUGUCGGACCAGUCCUACAUCCGCAUCGACAACAGCGAGGGCGAGUGCCGCCUGAACCUCAUCAAGCUGCAGCGCAAGGACAGCGGCGAGGUCAAGAUCAAGCUGAAGAACGAGUUCGGGAGCAUCGAGGCCUACAGCGAGCUGGUGGUUCUGGACCGGCCCACACCGCCCAUGGGGCCGCUGGAGAUCGUGGAGGCCUCGUCCUCCGCCGUCGAGGUCAAAUGGAGGGCGCCCAAGGACGCCGGCGGCUGCAAGAUCGACCACUACAUCAUGGACCGCCAGCAGGUGGGCCGCAACACCUGGAAGAAGCUGGGCCCUAUCGGACCGGAGGCCCAGUACCGGGACACCGACGUGGAACACGGUCGCCGCUACUGCUACCGCAUCCGCGUGGAGACCGAGAUGGGCAUCAGCGAGGUCAUGGAGAGCGAGGACGUCCAGGCCGGCACUAAAGCAUACCCUGGGCCCCCCUCGGCACCCAAGGUGGUCAGUGCCUUCAAGGACUGCAUCAACCUGACCUGGGUCGCCCCGGGCAACACGGGGGGCACCAGUAUCCUGGGCUACAACGUGGAGAAGCGCAAGAAGGGGAGCAACCUGUGGGGGGCCGUCAACCCCCCCGACCAGCUGGUCAAAGGGAAGAGCUUUGGAGUCAAAGACGUGAACGAGGGACUGGAGUACGAGUUCCGCAUGGCCGCCGUCAACGACUCCGGGGCCGGAGAAUUCGGCAACCCGUCAGAAUUCGUAUUCGCCAGGGACCCCAAAAAGCCGCCCGGUAAGGUCAUCGACAUGAAGGUGACGGACUCCUCCUACACCACCUUGUGUCUGUCCUGGACCAACCCCAAAGACCUCCCCGGGGAGCAGGACGAGGCCAAGGCCUUCUGGGUGGAGAUGCGGCCCGCAGAGUCCCCCGAGUGGGAGCGCUGCAACAUGAGCCCCAUCACCGGCUCCACCUUCACCGUGAAGGGCAUGAAGUCCAUGGCCAUGUACUGGGUCAGGGUCAUCGCCUUGAACGAGGGGGGCAGCGGAGAGCCCUGCGAACUGGACAACUACGUCCUGGCCAUGCCCCCGCCGGUGAGGCCGCGGUUCACCAACUCCAAGAUCAAGAGUUUGGUGGUGGUGCGGGCGGGAAACUCCGCGCGUUUCAACGUCGACUACGAGGCGUCUCCCUGGCCCGAGGUGAAGUGGCUGAAGGAUGGGGUGCCUGUCUCCAAGAGGGUAACCAUUAGCAACACAGAGGGAGCCUCGCAGCUCCUCCUCCCCUCCGCGGAGCGGUCCGACACGGGCGUGUACACCAUCAUGAUCAAGAACAUCGUCGGCCAGGAGUCCUUCAGCGUGGAGAUCAGAGUCACAGACGAACCCAAGCCCCCGGGCCCGGUGGAGCUGGACGAGAAAGUCCCCGGGACGGUGACCGUGUCCUGGGAUGGGUCCCCGGACGAGAAGAGGGACGACCGGCUGUACUACGUGGUCACCAAGCGGGACUCCGUCAAGCCCACGUGGUGCACAGUGGCCGACCGCAUCUUCAACAACCGCUUCACCGCCUGCAACAUCGUGCCGGGCCGCGAGUACCAAUUCAGGGUGUACGCCAAGAACGACAUCGGCUCCUCCAAGCCCUCCAGCAGCGCCAAGUGGUCCAUCAGCACCAAGAAAGUGAAGUUCACGCUGAGCGAGUCCGAGAGCAAGGCGUGCACCCUGGAGCGCACGCCCAAGUUCCUGGUGCCCCUGAAGAAGCACAACGCGCCCCAGGGCUACGAGUGCUACAUGACCUGCGCCGUGCGCGGCGAGCCCACCCCACACAUCACCUGGCUGCGUGACAACGUCAGCCUCAACACCAACACCAACUACCUGAUCUCAAACACCUGCGGCGUGUGCUCCCUGCUCGUACUCACGGUGGGGCCAAAGGACUCCGGGGAGUACAAGGUGAUCGCCGAGAACAAACUAGGCCGAGCGGAGUGCAGCACCAACCUCACCGUCAGAGAUUAAACCAGCACUUUGGAGACAACGUCCCCAAACUAGGAGUCCUAAGAAGUUUCUUCGACACAGGAAGCAUGUGUUUUAAUCUGGUCCUGUGUGUUUGCGUGUUGAGUUACACAUGAAUGUUUGAAUCUAUUCGCUUUAGUCUUAGCCACAGAUGGAAAGCUUUGAACGGCUUGUGAGUCUUGUUCAGAUUUCUAGAGUGCAUAUGAAUAAAAUAUAUGCAAAUUGAACAGAAUAUGAAUUUGCAAUGGUACACAUUUUUCACUCCGAUAGCCUUUAGGUGAGCAAUAGGCGAGUUUAAAUCAAACAUAAUCGAAAAGAAAGUACUUGAAAUGCUGCUGUUGUAGAUCAUAAGGAUAGCCUAUGAUUCAUGAAGUAGUAUUCCUGCAGGUGAAGCUAUUAUUGAAUAGAUAAUGAACCACUAAUCCUCAGCAACAAUUGAAAGGUUAUGCUUGCUGUUCUUAAACAUUACGCAACACAUUAUAAUGUCAUAGUUGUAUUAGUGUGUUAAUGCAAAAUAGUGUAAACAGACUACACACUGCAUGCUUCAGAAUGGCGAAAGAGAACAGUUAUUACUAUACAUAGAAUGCAACGUAUUUUGAAACAUGCCAUUUUAAACUGUAUGCAGCUCGGUGUAAAUAAACAUUUCAAAAAUA